AUGAAAAUUCCAAUAAAUGAAUACAAAGAAAAAUUAAUUGAUCAAUAUUCAAUAGCAACUGAAACAGAAACAUUACAUACGUCUAAUGAAACAAAUGAAGAUUAUUAUCAAUCGAUUUUAUCGAAAAAUGAUAUUCCAUAUUUUCCAGUUCGUGAAAUAAAUUUUCAAAAAUAUUCGAGAUCUAUAUGUCAAAUGAUUACAGAUAUUAAAAAAGGAAGUUAUUCAAAUAAAAAUGAAAUGAAAUUUAUUUAA